AUGGCUGCAGCCGCCGCCUCGGUCGCCUCGGAGCCCCCCCGCUCGGCCCGCCGGCUCUUCCUCCUCGGCCUGGCCGCCGCCUACCUCGCCGCCUUCGCCUCCCUCUACGUCCAGAGCCCCGGCCUCUACGGGAAAGAUGGCAUCCUGCCCGCCCGGAAGAUGCUCCGCGUCACAGGCAAAGGAUUCUGGGAACAGCUGCUGGAUUCGCCCACCUUGUUGUGGCUAGGGCCUCGCCUGGGACUGGACACGGAGCAGGGGAUGGAGGUGCUCUGCCUCCUGGGGGUGCUGCUCUCCUUCGGGGCCCUGAUCCUGGAGCCCUUGCGCGACAGCCUCGUCUUCUUGGUUCUCUGGGCCCUCUACCUUUCUCUCUAUCAGGUGGGACAGGUGUUCCUCUACUUCCAGUGGGACAGCCUUCUACUGGAGACGGGGUUCUUGGCCGUGUUGGUGGCACCGUUCCACCUCCUGAAGUGGCGCUCAACGGCCUGGCGGGCGCACGACGGGGUGACCUUCUGGCUGGUGCGCUGGCUGCUCUUCCGCCUCAUGUUCGCCUCGGGGGUGGUGAAGCUGACCAGCCGCUGCCCCACUUGGUGGGGGCUCACGGCCCUGACCUACCAUUAUGAGACACAGUGCAUUCCCACGCCCGCUGCCUGGUUCGCCCACCAGUUGCCUGUCUGGUUCCAGAAGUUCAGUGUGGUGGCCACCUACGUCAUAGAGAUAGCCGUCCCGGCCUUCUUCUUUGCACCGGUCCGACGCCUCCGCCUGUUUGCCUUCUACUGCCAGAUUCUCCUGCAAGUCUUGAUUGUCCUGACAGGCAACUACAACUUCUUCAACCUGUUGACCAUCGCCCUCUGCUUCUCCCUUCUGGAUGACGACCACAUUGGGUUUUGGCUGGGCCGUGGCCGGAAGAAAGCGGGGCCCGCCUGGCCCCCCCGGCCGCUGACCGUCCUGACCGCGCUGGUUGAGUUGGGCGCCUACGGCUUACUGUUCUACUGGACUGGCUGCCACUUUGGGCUGAAGAUCAACUGGGAGAAGAGGCUCCUUGAAUCUAAGACAGCUUUCACGUACCAUGAAUUCAUGCAGUGGCUGAAGAUGGUGACGCUCCCUCUGGUGGGACUCGCCCUCCUUUCCCUGCUGUGGGAGAUCCUUCAAGGUGCCUACAGGUCUGCCUGCGCCCGGGGCUUUCUCUGGAAACUCUGGGGGACUCUCCAGUGGGCCGUCUUCACCACUGCGGCCUUGGGGAUGUUUACUGUCAGCCUGGUCCCCUUCACCUACAUCGAGUACGAGUCCAACGGGAAGCUGUGGCCGAGCGUCCACCAGAUGUUUGGCGCCAUCGAUCGCUACCAGCUGGCCAACUCCUACGGCCUCUUCCGGAGGAUGACGGGGGUGGGCGGGCGGCCGGAGGUGGUGGUGGAAGGCAGCUACGAUAAGGAAACUUGGACGGAGAUCGAAUUCAUGUACAAACCAGGCAACGUCAGCGCGGCACCUCUUGUGGUGGCCCCUCACCAGCCCCGGCUCGACUGGCAGAUGUGGUUUGCCGCGCUGGGUCACCACACCCAGAGCCCCUGGUUCACCAGUUUCGUCUAUCGCCUCCUGCAGGGCAAGAAAGAAGUGAUCCACCUUGUGCAGGUCGACGAGUCAAAAUACCCGUUCCACUCUCAGCCACCUGCUUACAUCCGGGCCUGGCUGUACAAAUAUUGGUUCACAGCAAGUGCAGAGGACGGUUCUCUUCCUCAGAAGUGGUGGCAGCGGCAGCGGGUGGAGGAGUUCUACCCGACCGUCUUCCUGGGGGACACGCAGUUGGAUGCCUUCCUGACCCAAUACGGGCUUAAGGACAAGUCCCCCGCGAAGCGGCCCUCGGACUCCCUUCUGCCUGCAGCCCUCCGGCUGGUGCGAGAGCACACCCGUCCGUACAGCGGCCCUGCCCUGAUCUGGUCCCUCUACCUCACGGCUGCCCUUCUUGGCCUCCUACGGGGAGCCCGCGGCUGGCUGUCGGGGGGCGGCCCCCCCAGCGGGAAGCAGAAGGCCAGCAAGCGGCCCGAAGCGGCGGCGCAUGUCGGCGGUGGAGGGGACCAAGCCGGGGGCGAGAAGAACGGGCAGCUGAGGAAGGAAGCGGCCGAGAAGGGCAAGGCCUCGACGGAGGCCCCCGCGGACGCGCCGAGGAACGUCAAGAAGAGAAAAUAG